UGCAAGAAUAACAUCAUUGUUAAGCUCUUGAGAAGAAAUUGGUUGAAAUUUGAGCUGUGGAUGCAGAAGCAGCGGUGGUACGUUGCAGAUAAUGGUGUUUAUUCAAAGUUGAUAUCUGUAAUGGGAAAGAAAGGCCAAACGAGAAUGGCAAUGUGGCUUUUCUCAGAGAUGCGUAAUAGUGGUUGCCGCCCUGACACUUCAGUCUACAAUGCACUUAUAACAGCUCACCUUCACUCCAAAGAUAAACCUAAAGCUUUGGCCAAAGCCCUUGGGUACUUUGAGAAGAUGAAGGGAAUAGAAAGAUGUAAUCCAAAUAAUGUUACAUACAACAUUCUAUUGAGAGCUUUCGCCCAAGCACGCAAUGUCGAUCAAGUAAAUGCAUUGUUUAAAGAACUAGAAGAGGGUAUUGUUUCGCCAGACACUUACACUUACAAUGGUGUGAUGGAUGCAUAUGGGAAAAACAAGAUGAUCAGAGAAAUGGAAGAUGUCCUCUCCCGUAUGAAGA